AUGUUCUGCUGUUUAAAAAGUUGUCUUAAUGGCUUUUCGCUCACACCCACGGUGCCCAUACGAAUCAAAGAAAAUCCUGUGCAAUUGGAUACGUUACACAUGGGUCAUGAGAUGGUGAUUAUAAAAGGUGGUCAGCGAGUUUGUGGUUCAGGCUGUGCAUUGGGAAAUGCACCACUGGUACAGAAUAAAUCAUACUUUGAAGUGAAACUUCAGCAGGGAGGUGUGUGGGCUGUUGGAGUAGCUACCAGGGAGACAGAUCUUAACAGAGUUCAUGGUGGCAUGGAUAAAGAAUCCUGGUGUCUCAACAGUGAUGGGACUGUGCGACACUUGAAUAUAGAACUGUAUCACCUUGCACAAGCACCACGAGAAUCUCCCACAGCCGAUUUGCUAGUGUCGACUGAUUCACCCACUCACACAGAAAAUGAGAAGCCGGAAAGUGAAAAAGAGACUAACACAGCAGCAGUAAUGCCUGUAGAGGGGUGA